GCGAGCCUUCCGCGUGCGUUGGCAUCGCAUCUCGCGCUGCUCACUCGCUUUAGCCCGCUCGCUCGCUGCCCGACGACGUCGACGACGACGACGACGGCGACGACGUUUCGUUUCGCGCGCGCGCCAUUCGUUCUCGAUUCACGAGCCGCGAAUCCGCUACCCCAGGUAUCGAGUGUGCUCCCAGCUCGACAGUACCGUUUCGACGGCGGGGACGACACCGAGAGAGAGAAAGAGAGAGGGAGAGAGAAGACACCCUCACCUGUUGUUACGUCCGGCCAGGAUACACUGUCCCCGACAGGCAGACCGACCGAAGACCGUCGUCACCGCUGCACACGGAGGUGUUAGGAGGGACGUCGCGACGCAGAAGGCGCCACGACGGCGUAACAGAUUCCCGUAAGCCGAACAGGACGAAUCCUUCUCGUGAACGCGGACCAUUGGAUUAGAGGUGCCCUCGAGAUGCGGUGAUGGCUUUGUUGUAUAGGUUCGCGCAGCUACACGAUCGCAAUGGCACGCGGGUCUUCUCCUUCGUCGUCACUAGAAGCGUCGUGCGCGAUCCUGAACGAGACGUCACUAGCAAGGAACUAGUAUGCGGCUUUCAAAAAUGGGCGGUCGCUUUCUCGCGUGGGGAAAAGGUCCUGGGCGUGUACCUGGUAUGGCGCGGCGCGUCAAGAAACCUCCGCGUCUACGUGGACUUCACGUUCACCCUGCUGAAUCGGGAGCACUUCUCCAUGAACGAGGGCUUCUCCGGCAAGCGCGUCAAGUUCACCUACGAGGCGCCGGCCCAAGGCAACCGCAACUACAUCCCCGUGUCCGAUCUCUACAGCCGUAACUUCGCCGACACGAACGGCGAGUUUCAGCUGGAGCUUUCCAUGACGAAUGUGCGGACCGUCUACAUGACCGAGGUCAGGAUGUCGACGUCGGUGUUCGCCGGUCAGACGAAACCGAGCAAGCUGGAGACCGACUGCUUCACCUUCGGCGGCUUCGAUUGGAACCUGGCGAUCUACCCGUACGGCAAAGACACGGACGGUCGGGGCCAGGAAAACCGCGUGAGCGUCUACCUGAUAAGACUGACUGGCUUCGAUUAUCGGUGCAGAGUGAGAUACAGCGUGGCGUUAGGCGAGAAUGAACGGCGGAUCGACUCGGGACAGAUCGAGGACAUCUCCGACGCGGAGGGCUGCGGCUUCGGAUGGAACACGAGGGUCAGGUGGUCAGAAAUCUCCCACAAGGGCAUGCUCCGGGUGUCCUUGGAGAUGCUCGAGGCGAGGACCAUCUGCGACCUUGAGGUGCAAGCGUUAGGUCCGCAGGUACCACCAGCAGCACCCUGUUACGAUCGCGACAAGCAAGCGUGGGCCAUCCGCGCCGACCUCUACUCCGACACAGUCAGGCUGCACCUGGUGUACAAAGACAUCCAGAACGUGCCGAGGAAUCAUUUGAGGUACGUCAGUUGGUCGGCAUACUUGCUGAAAAGCGAGGGACCAAACCUCGUGGCGAUCAGACUGCCCGGCGCACCGUUCAGCCGCUACUACGCUCAGGAGUCCGCCGACGAAGGUAUCAUCAUGGAGACUAGCCUAGACAUGAACGAAGUGAAGGAUAAUCACUGUCCAUUCCUCACGGACAAGGGUCAGCUGAAGGUCCGGCUGGAGUGGAACGAGAGUCAUCUGCUCUUCCAAGCGACCUAUCACAAAUACGACGACGUAUGCCGCGUUCACAAUCAGCAGAUGCGCCGCGAAAUCGCGUCGCUGCAAGCGGAAAACUACAGCCUGGAACGGCAGCUUUUCAGCUACCAGAAGAGCCUGGCAUACGCCCAAGCGCAGCAGCAGCAGCAACAGCAUCAGCAGCAGCAACAACAACACUCCAACCAGCAGCACCACUCGAUGAGCCAUCCAACUCACCUCGAGCGAUCGGCGUCCAGCGACACCGAAUACGCCUGACAAGUGGAACACGAGUUACUG